GCCUGCCCGCGCCCGGUGCCCCCCGCGCCCCCCGGUGCCGCCAUGCCACACAGCUUCAAACCCGGGGACCUCGUCUUCGCCAAGAUGAAGGGCUACCCGCACUGGCCGGCCCGGAUCGAUGACAUCGCGGACGGCGCCGUGAAACCCCCCCCGAACAAGUACCCCAUCUUCUUCUUCGGCACCCACGAGACCGCCUUCUUGGGCCCUAAAGAUCUGUUCCCUUACGAAAAGUACAAAGACAAAUAUGGGAAACCAAACAAGAGAAAAGGAUUCAACGAGGGCUUGUGGGAAAUCCAGAACAACCCCCACGCCAGUUACAGUGCCCCUGCGCCCGCCAGCUCCUCCGACAGCGACGUCCCCGAGAACGACCCCAUGGCGGGGAGCGACGCCGGGGACGACGAGGACGACGCUGCCAUGGCCACGGUGCCCACGGAGAAGGUGGACAGCGAUGAGGACUCGGAGCCAGGCAGCGACCACAGCGGGCUCAAGAGGAAAUCCUUGGCCAUGAAAAUGCCUGUGACAAAAAGGCCUCGGAAAUCCUCCAGUGACCUGGAUCAGGGCAGCCCCUCUGUCACAGAAGAGGAGAACUCAGAAACGUCUUCUGAGUCAGAAAAAAACAGUGACCAGGAUUUCACUCCUGAGAAGAAGCCAGUGGCCCGGGCCCCACGGAGGAUGCCAGCAGCAGGGAGGAAGAAGAAGAAAGUGGAGUCUGGCUCUGACUCUGACUCCAAAGUGGACUCGGAUCUGGAGAUGGGCAAUGCCACCGUGGACAUGACCAAGUCAGACUCGGACUCGGACUCAGACGUGUCGGUGAAAAAGGCACCACGGGGCCGUAAGCCAGCUGAGAAACCCCCUCCCAAGCCCCGGGGCAGGAAACCGAAGCCCGAGCGUGUCCCCAGCAGCUCCAGCAGUGACAGUGACAGCGACAGCGACGUGGAUCGCAUCAGCGAGUGGAAGAGGAGGGACGAGGAGCGGCGGCGGGAGCUGGAGGAGAAGAGGAAGAGGGAGCAGGAGGAGGAGAUCCGGCGGCUCCGGGAGCAGGAGAAGGAGGAGAAGGAGAAGAGGAAGGAGAAGGCAGAGAAGGGCGAGGAGGUGCACUCGGACUCGGACAGCAGCGCCGAGGAUGAAACGGCCAAAAAAGGCCGGAGGGGCCGGGCCAAGGCUGCAUCCUCCUCAGACUCUGAGCUGGAGCAGGAGAAGGAGGUAAAGAAGCCGGUGAAGAAACAGCCCUCGGAGUUGUCAAGGAAACCAAAUCAGAAGGAGAAGAGGGGCCGAGCAGAGGAGAAGCCACGGAACAAAUCUCUGAAGGUGGAACGAGGCCGGAAGAAAUCCGACCCGAUCCCCGAAAGGAGGAUGGAGAAGAAAAAGGAGCCCACAGUGGAAGAGAAACUGCAGAAACUUCACAGCGAGAUCAAGUUUGCGCUGAAGGUCGAUAACCCGGACAUCAAGCGGUGUCUGAACGCGCUCGAGGAGCUGGGCACGCUCCAGGUCACUUCCCACAUCCUCCAGAAGCACACGGAUGUGGUGGCUACACUCAAGAAGAUCCGUCGCUACAAAGCCAACAAGGACGUGAUGGAAAAAGCGGCCGAAGUCUACACCCGGUUGAAGUCGCGUGUGCUGGGACCAAAGAUGGAAUCCAUCCAGAAAGCCAACAAAGCUGGGCCUGAGAAGGACAAGGGGGAGGCAGAGAAGGGCCAGGAGAAGCUGUCGGGAGCAGAGACACGGAAUGAGAAGGGGGAAGAGGAGACAAAUGCUGACCUGUCAGGUCCUGUGAAUGGUGAAUCCCUGUCCCAAAAGUCAGAAGGCACAGAGGAGAAGGACAAGAGCCAAGGGCCAGGAGUUGGGGAGCUGGAGGCAUCCACAGAGGAGCCCCACAACAAUGUCCAGGAUUAUCCCAAGGCCGGGCCCGAGAGAGCUCACGGGGAGUCGGAGGCUGCGGAUGAGGAGGAGGAGGAGAGCUGAGGAA